GGAUACCAUUACGGAGUGCUGUCGUGUCGAGGAUGUAAUGCAUUCUUCCGACGUGCCAUUACCUACGGUCUUGCGUUCACCUGCCGACGAGAUGGCAACUGUCGUGUGGACAAAAAUGCGAGAUGUGCGUGUCGUGCAUGCCGGUUGAAAAAAUGCGAGAAAAAUUCGUCUGUAACACUUGUUCACGGAUCACAAAAUAAUUCAUUCAGUCGCUCAUCGGUUUAUGUUUUGUCAUCGUUUCAGCGCAGUCGAAGGCGAACGAUGCUUUGUACGAGUGUUGAGGAGAUGCUAUGUGAUGAGUUGGAGGAUCAACUGAGGAAACCGGCUGAGGGUCGUGAUGUAGCCAGCAAUUUUAGAGUGCAAGUAAUUUUGAUGUUCGAAUGGGUCUCGAAAUUGGAGGAAUUCAGGUGA